AUGCAAAUAGACGCGCUCUGGUGCGCCUCCAUCGCCGCGCUGCUGGCACCGUUCACGUCGCUGCUCGUCGCCCACCGCACGAAGACCGGGAACCCGCCGACGCCGCUCACGGAGCAACUCGUGGCCGCGAUCUACCGGCGCGCGGGCGGCUACGGGUUAGCAGCACUUCCGUUCCUCACGAUCACGACGGGCUACGUCUACGUGUCGUCGCUCGACGCGUUCUUCAAAAGAGUGCGGCAACAAUGGAGUCCGACAACCUGAAGGCCUUCGCUGCGAAGGUCAGGCGAUCGUGGGCGGCUAGCAAGCCAAAACGCGACGCCGCGGCGCAGCGGCUGCGCCAGUCGGCCGAGGAGUUCUCGGUGAUUGUCGCGGACAGCGCGUCGGCGGCCGCCGCGUCCGCCAAGCGCAGCUGGGCCGAGGGCGCGCCGGCGCGCGCCGAGGCGGCGGCGCAGCUCCGGCGCACGGCGAGCGAGACGGUCGUGGCGAUGGAGCGCGGCGCGCAGCAGCUCGCGCGCGCGGCGCAGGCGGCGCGGGACGCGCGGCGGCGGGCGCGGAGCAGCCAGGUGCCGCCACGGCCGAGCGUCGCAGGGCGCCCCGCCGGCGCGGCGAAGACCGCGGCUGUUCUCAGGUUACGCCAGCGCAAGGGCGGCAACCGCCGCGGCGGCGGCGAGGCGCGGGGCGCGGACUACGCGCUGAACCUGUUAGCGUAUGUCGGCACGUUCGAGGGCAUUGCCUCCGCGCGGAGCGUCUGCCGCGGCUGGUACCGAAUUCUGGCCGCCGACGCGCGGGCGCAGGACCUGCGGCGCUUCGUCGCGCGGCACGGUUCCGUGACGCCGAAAGCGCGGCGGGCCUUGUGGCUAGAGUCCUGCCGGCUGUCGCCUUGCAACGUGGUCGACGCGGGCCUGCGGGACGCCUACGCCGACGCCGCGCGCCGCGGGCAGGAGGGCGAGUGGUGCGAGGCGAUCGACACGGACGUGCCGCGGACGCCAUUGGUGUUGUUGGCCGGUAUCGAGCGCAGUACGCUCGCGUCGGUGCUGCGCGCUGUCGCGUUCCGGCGGCCCGACGUCGGCUAUUGCCAGGGCAUGGACUACGUCGCCGCCAUCGUUUUAAGAGCAUUGCGCGAGGGCGGCGAUUCCGAGGACGACGCGCCGCCGCGCGCGUUCGCCAUGCUGGCGUGCCUGCUCGCGCGCGACGGCAUGCUGCGCGGGCUGUACACGCCAGGCUUUCCCGAGGUGCGGCGGCGGUCCUACGCGCUGUCGACGCUCCUCGCGGCGACGCGGCCCGAGCUCUCGGCGCACCUCGAGAGGAUCGGCGCGUGCGUCGAGGUCGCGGCCUUUGCCCCGUGGCUCCAGACGGCGUUCGGCUACCACGCCGGCGAGGCCUGGCCGUAUGAACUCGUUGCUCGAGCAUGGGACGUGUUCCUGGUCGAGCGGCACUGGAAGGUGUUUGCGCGCCUCGCGUUAUAUGUGGUGAUCGUGCUGCCCGACGGCGGCCCGCUGGAAGAGGUGAUGCCGCUCAUGCAGCGCCUGGAGCACGUCAAGCUGGGGGCCGACGCUGAUGCUGACGCGUCGCGGUUCGUGCUGGAGCGCGCGCUCGACCUCAAGGUCACGCGGGCGAUGCUCGACGCGCUCGGCGACGAGUUCGAGGCGCUCACGGCGCCGGCCGCGCCCGCGUCGCCGCCGCCGUCCCAGCCAUCCAGCCCGCCGCCGCCGCGAAGGGUCUCGAAGCCUCCGCUUCAUGCUAUCCCCGCCGCGCCGCAGUACUCCGUCCCGCCCCGCUCGAACCCGCCGCCGCGGACGGACGCGCCCGCGCGGCGAGACGUCCGGCGGCCGUCGCGGGCCCGAGCUUCGGGGCCGCCGUCGCCGCCGCCUUUCACUGAUCUAUGA